AUCCCAGCAUCCCCUCCCCAAUACCACCACACCCCCGCCCCUCCUCCCCGGUCCCAACAAUAUCACCACCAACCACCAUCUCCUGGCUCAAAGUUUACAGUCACUGGAGAGGACAGCUGAGGAGAGGGUCAGUGUCAGGGACUGACGGAGAGAACGGGGAAACAGGGCUCAGGGAAGGGUGAGACUGGGACUGGAACUGAGGCUGAGGGACGGGGGCUAACACUGAGGAAGGCGAGACAACGCCUGAAGGAGGGGAGAUAGGAGCUAAGGGAGGGCAGACAGGGCUGAAAGGAGUUGGGAGCUAAGGGAGGGCAGAGGGACACGAGAAAGGGCUCACAGAAGACGAGAGCUGAGGGAGUGGAGACAGAGCAGGAGUAAGCGGGGAGACUUGAGGUUAGACCAAGGUAGAGAAGAUGAGGGUAUUUCAGCGUUAGGGGACUGGGUUAGGCAAGACCCAUAGUGAGUCAGAGGGAAUGAGGGCGAGCCAGGCAGCUGAUGGUCAUAGUAAUUGAGGGAGUGCCAGGGUAAAAUGGAGGGAGCCUUGGUCAGUGCAGACUGAGGGAAGGAAUAGCCAGGCUAAAGGUUUCUAAGGAAAAUAUAGAUUAAGAAGUGAGGGAGGGUAAGUGCAGUGAGAACCACAAAGGAGGCAAAGUGACAGGCAAGAGUAGAUAAUAUAGAGUAAGAGGCAAGGGUUUUGAGGGAUUAGUAGCAGGCUGGAGUUAGUUAAGGGGGUUGGUAGAACAGAACGUUGGGCACCUGGGUGUUGAGGAUCAGAAUGGUAGACUGAGCUAGUAAAGCUGAGAUAUAUACUGGAACAGGCAGGGCUGAACGAGGACAGCAGAGAGCCUGGUUUACCAAAAAACACAUCCAGAGAUCGCACAGACCAAGAAGUCCUGUGAUCUUUCAACCAUUCCUGUGAGGGGGAUUGGUAUGGAGAAUGUUGCGAAAAACUCCCUUGAAACUGCUCCAACUCAGGAUGUGAGAGGGAAGCGACAUAUCCUUAAUUCCCUCAUCUCGGGAGCAAUCGCUGGAGCUGUUGCAAAGACAGUGGUAGCACCGCUGGAUAGAACCAAAAUAAUAUUUCAAGUAUCUACAAGAGGAUUCUCAGCCAAGGAAGUUGUGAAGCUGAUUUACCAAACCUACCGGAUGGAUGGUCUCUUCAGCCUUUGGCGGGGUAACUCUGCCACCAUGGUCCGAGUUGUUCCUUAUGCUGCACUUCAGUUCUGCUCUCAUGAACAGUACAAACAGAUUCUGGGAUCCUACUAUGGGACCCACGGAAGACCUUUGCCUCCCCUCCCACGGCUCCUGGCUGGAUCAAUGGCUGGUAUUACAGCCACUACGUUGACAUAUCCACUAGACUUGGUGCGAGCACGAAUGGCUGUAACUCCAAAGGAAAUGUAUGGCAAUAUUUUGCAUGUCUUCAUCCGGAUAACUCGAGAUGAAGGAGUCAAGACCUUGUACAGUGGGUUCUCGCCCACAAUCCUUGGGGUAAUUCCAUAUGCCGGGCUCAGCUUCUUCACUUACGAAACAUUGAAGAAAUUCCAUGCAGAAUUAACUGAGAGAGCCAAUCCGUACCCUCACGAGCGGCUACUUUUUGGGGCAUGUGCUGGCUUAAUAGGCCAGUCGGCCUCCUACCCUCUCGACGUGGUACGGCGACGGAUGCAGACAGCAGGAGUGCAAUGCCGCAAGUACACUAGCAUUUUGGAGACAAUGCGUCAGAUCAUUGUGGAAGAGGGUGGAAUUGGUGGCCUGUACAAAGGCCUGAGCAUGAACUGGAUCAAAGGCCCUAUUGCUGUGGGGACCAGCUUCACCACCUUCGACCUCAUGCAGAUUCUGCUCCGGAAAAUUCAGGACACUACCUUACAAAGGUAGUAACUACAAGGACGGGUGAUCUGGAACCUGAGGACUUAGACAAAUGGAAAAAAUAGCAUCUCAUUAAUAAGUGUCCAGGAUGGGAAUUGACAGCUGCUGGACAAGUAUUUACAAGCUGGAAUAACAGUGUGACUCAAGGUUAAUCGUGCUAUGUUAGCAGUUGAAACUCUGGUGCCUCACACCCUCUCUGAAGCUGUUUCAAUAAUUUAAUUAAAUAUUGGUUUUUGUUGA